GCGGGCGCGGGCGGCCGAGCGGAGCCGAGCGCAGCCGAGCCGGGCCGAGCCGGGCCGAGCCGGGCCGGGCCGGGCCCAGGAGCGCGCGGGCGAUGCGGGCGGCCAGGCCGGGGUCGGCGGGCCCCUGAUCGCCGUUCCCCAGGCCAGCCAGGGAAACGCGACGGCCGCGCGCCCCCGCGGCCGGCCCGCCAUGGCCGGGGUCAGCUACGCGGCGCCCUGGUGGGUGAGCCUUCUGCACCGGCUGCCCCACUUCGACCUGCACUGGAAGGCUACCAGCAGUCAGUUCCGGCCCGAGGACAGCGACUACCAGCAGGCGCUGCUGCUGCUGGGGGCCGCGGCGCUGGCCUGCCUCGCCCUGGACCUCCUCUUCCUGCUCUUCUACUCCUUCUGGCUGUGCUGCCGGCGGCGCAAGAGCGAGGAGCACCUGGACGCAGACUGCUGCUGCACCGCCUGGUGCGUCAUCAUCGCCACGCUGGUCUGCAGCGCCGGUAUCGCCGUGGGGUUCUAUGGCAACGGGGAGACCAGUGACGGCAUCCAUCGGGCCACCUACUCGCUCCGCCACGCCAACCGUACGGUGGCAGGGGUCCAGGACCGCGUGUGGGACACCGCAGCCGCCCUGAACCGCACGGCGGAGCCCAGCCUUCAGAGCCUGGAGCGGCAGCUGGCCGCACGGCCAGAGCCCCUGCGGGCAGUCCAGCGGCUGCAGGGCCUGCUGCAGACACUGUUGGGCUACACGGCGGCCAUCCCUUUCUGGAGGAACCCAGCCGUGUCCCUGGAGGCGCUGGCUGAGCAGGUGGAUCUCUAUGACUGGUACAGGUGGCUGGGCUACCUGGGCCUGCUGCUGCUUGACGUGGCCAUCUGCCUGCUGGUGCUGGUCGGCCUCAUCCGCAGCUCCAAGGGGAUCCUGGUAGGGGUCUGCCUGCUGGGGGUGCUGGCCCUGAUCAUCAGCUGGGGCGCCCUGGGCCUGGAGCUGGCUGUGUCUGUGGGCUCCAGUGACUUCUGUGUGGACCCCGACACCUACGUGACCCAGAUGGUGGAGGAGCACUCCGUGCUGAGCGGGGACAUCCUGCAGUACUACCUGGCCUGCUCGCCUCACGCCACCAACCCCUUCCAGCAGAAGCUGUCGGGCAGCCACAAGGCGCUGGUGGAGAUGCAGGACGUGGUGGCUGAGCUCCUGAAGACUGUCUCGUGGGAGUAUCCUGCCACCAAGGACCCCCUGCUUCGUGUUCAGGAGGUGCUGAACGGCACGGAGGUGAAUCUGCAGCACCUCACUGCCCUGGUGGACUGCCGCAGCCUGCACCUGGACUACGUGCAGGCCCUCACCGGCUUCUGCUACGACAGCGUCGAGGGUCUCAUCUACCUGGCCCUCUUCUCCUUCGUCACGGCCCUCAUGUUCAGCUCCGUCGUCUGCAGUGUCCCGCACACCUGGCAGCAAAAGAGAGGCCCCGACGAGGACGGGGAGGAGGAGGCCGCCCCAGGGCCGCGGCAGGCGCACGACAGUCUCUAUCGCGUCCACAUGCCCAGCCUGUACAGCUGCGGGAGCAGCUACGGCAGCGAGGCCAGCAUCCCAGCCGCGGCCCACACCGUCAGCAACGCCCCAGUCACCGAGUAUAUGAGCCAGAAUGCCAAUUUCCAGAACCCUCGUUGUGAGAACACCCCCCUCAUUGGGCGCGAGUCCCCGCCGCCUUCACGCUAUCUGGCCGCCCUGGACUCUGGCGGCCACACGGGCUGGCAGUUUAAGCCCCUGAACAGUGCCUGAAGGCUGUGGUGGCCGUGUCCUCAGAGUGACAGUACACUUCCAGCAUGAGAGCCAAGUACCUCGCCACGAGCCAGCCUCGCCCCGAGUCCAGCAGCAGUGGGCACUAGACGCCCAGCCGCCACCCGCCCCACGUGCCAAUCGCCCCGCUCCUUCCCGUGCCAGCCUCCCUGCUUGCACCCGUGGCCACCUGCCGGACCCUCCCCGCGUACGCCGGGCCCGCCAUGGGUGCUUCUGCCGCCACUCGGCCCUGCCCUCCCUUCCUGUAGGGGUGCGGAGACAGACACCUGGCCUGCCUCCUGGGGCAACGCGGGGGCUCUGGGCCCGCAUCCUCUCCUCCGUCACAAGCCUGGACACCGGGGGGUGCUGCUCGUGCUGCCCGGGCCCCCACGCGCCUCCGCCCUGCUGGUGCCUGCCCCCCACACAGCUGGGCCGCGUCUGCCCCCUCUCCUUCCACAGGCUGCCAGGCACGGUGCCCCCCUUGGUGCCGGGCAUCUCGAGCGAUGGCGUGUGCGCCUGCCUGCUUGUCUCCCGCGUGCAGAGUCCCCCGUGGCGCCCUUGCACACCUGCAGCGUCUGUCCUUCCUUCUCUCGCCCCCCACCCCAGGCUCCUCCACCUCAGUUGCCAGAAGCCUCCCAGGGGGUACCCCGUUCUCUGCUUCCCUCCCUGCACCGCUCUCUCCCUGCAGCAGCCCCCGCCUGUGGCAUCCAGCCAUCCGUGGUGGCAGGAGACAGGUGCCUGCCGAGCCCAGGCUGCUCACCUAGUACCUGCCGCCCUCCUGGUGCCAAACCCCCUCCCACCCACCCCCACCCACCCCCACCCCCGGAAACUCGGCAGCUCUGCCCAGUUCGCUCUUUGCACUAACCACAUCUGUCAUCUCUAGGGCGGGCGGGGCUGCAGGCCGGCUGCCACCCCUUCCAGGUUCCCUUUGCAUCCAGGACAGGCUGGCCUAGGAGCUGCACCCGAGCCGGCUGUGACGGUGCCCUUGGCCCCCGCCGCCCCUCUUUGGACUAACCACUAACCUCACUCCAGCCUCCGAGAGAGAGAGAUCGCCCUGGGCACUCCACGGUCCACGAGCAUGAGGCCAAGUCCAGGCCGGAGAUGAAGCCCCAAAGAGCCGGCUGGGUUUUGGGGUGGAGAAGGCAUUUCUUCUCGGGGCGCUGCUGGGGGGGGGUCAAGACCAAGAGGCAGCCCAAGGGCCUGGAGACCCCUCCCUGGGCAGGUGUUGCCCCCGAGGGACCGUGUCCUCAGGAAUGAAUGUCCCUUCGGCUGUAGGACCGAGGCCCCUGUGGCCUCGGGCUCCUACCUGUGAAGUGGGAGCAAGGCUUCCUAAGGUGCUUUUGGCUUCGUAUACAGUGCUGUGUUUUCCUUCCGCAGAGGGUGGGGCCGUCCCCAGGUCAAGGCUGGGAGAUGCCUGCCCCACCCAGCCAGCCGGCCACUGAGCGGCCAGGUGCGGCUCUGGCCUGUGUCCCUCCAGAGGCAGCAGAGAGCCAUGGGGCCGCCCCUCGGGGGCACAGGCCGGGGCCCGCGAGCCCGGCAGUUUACAGACAUUGUGGGGGGCUCCCCCUGGAGCGGCAGGGCAGCGCCCCUUCCCUAAGGUGGCCCGCAGAGAAGCUGCCUCCCCUCUCUCCAGGGUCUCUUCUGUGUGCUGGUGUCUGGGACCAAAUGGAUGGGUGGGCCCAGGCUAGACCGCAGUGGCCCCUGGCCCUCUAACCACAGGGGAGAGGCUGCCCGGGAGAGGGGGACAGUGAGUGGGCAAACAGAGGUGCCCCCAGGUGUGCCUGCGGGCCCCCAGCCGCGCAUCUGAGCCCUGGCGCAUGGCCAAACCUCACCGAGGGGCUUCCGGUGCCCUGUCCUGGGCCCCCCACAGGCCAGAGCCACAGCCCAACUGCCCAGUUUUUCUCUGGGCGCCCCUGCCCAGGUGGAGCCUCCCUGCCUCUGCCUCGGCCCGAGGGAGCGCCAACUGUGCUGCCCCGGGCGCGGCUCAGAAGCACAAAGGCCGCGAGGCCACCGAAAUGUGAAUGUAGAAGCUUGAGAGCCGGUGGCGGACCUGCGGGAGUAGCUCUGCGAGUGCGCGUGCGCGUGCCCGCCCUACCGCGUCCUCGCCCAGCUCCUCCUAGUCACCAAGGGUGCAUAAAGGAAUACGCGGACGUCGAAAGGGCAGCAAGACCAAGCCUCGGUCCUGAGCGGGUGGGGGGCGCCUCCCGCCCUUGGUUUUCUUCUUGCUCUAAGUUUUCAGGCCCUUCUAACCAGUCCGGGCCCAGGGCCUCCACAUCCCGCACUUGCGGUCCUCACCCCCUCGCAGGCCCUUCUGCUUCUCGGGCGGUGGUCCCCGACCGCGUGGAUGAGAAGGCGAGGGCCCCGGGGGCUCCGCGGGUAGGAGGGCUUCCAGGCCGGUCCCUCCCCGAUGGGGCUCCGCGGGCAGGCGCACGUUCCCGGUCCCGAGGUCCGCUGGUCUGAUCGGAUGUCCCCUCCAUGUCCACCCCAUCUCACUAUGCAAUCCCAGUCCAAGCGCCAAUCCCUCCCCGUCCCAGGACCCCUGCCCAGCCGGGGAGCGGGUGCGUGGGUGAUGGUCCCCAAAGGGGGACGAGCAGGGACCGGGGCCUCUUGUGCGGGAUUUUUUUUUUAAACCAUAAUGGUUGUGUGCCACACCACUUUAUAUUUGUUACAUAUAUCUCUCCAAGUUAUUUUGUUAAGACUCCCCCUCCACGGUCCCCGCCCCCACCACCCAAGAUCGAUUUAGCAUUCUGAGCGGGGAUCGAGGCCUGAACCGCUUGGCAUUCUCCAAACUUCCAUAGGGCCAUGGCUGUAUGUGCUGUCGCUGUGUUUCUGGGUGUGUGUGUGGUUUUUUUUUUUUUUUUUUAGCUUUUUUUUUUUUUUUUUUUGUAAAACUGGGUUUGGGGUUUGAUUUUUAUUUCGCUGGGGGUUUUAUUUUUCUUGGCAAAUACUAAAACUCGUCAAUGUAAUUUCUGUGGUUUCUAUUCAGCUUGGGUUUCAUGUUUUAAAAUAAACAAAUUUUAAAAAACA